AUGUCGACCGAAUACAACUUCGAGGGAUGGAUGGGCGACGACAUCUCCUCCUCGGAAGGGAAAAUGGCCUGGAGAGAGUUCGAGCCGAAGCCCUGGGAGGAGACGGACGUUGACAUCAAAGUUACGCACUGUGGAGUCUGCGGUUCAGACCUGCAUGUAUUGAGGUCAGGAUGGGGUGCCACGGAGUACCCCUGCAUUGUUGGACAUGAAAUACUCGGCGUUGCCGUUCGCGUUGGCUCCAAGGCCGAGAAUGGUAUCAAAGUUGGCGAUGUUGUCGGCGUCGGUGCUCAGAGCGAUGCCUGCCUUGGCCGUGAUGGACCUUGUGCUCCAUGCAGCGUGGGCUUGACUCAGUACUGUCCCAGGUCCGUCAACACGUACAAUGACAGGCACCGCAACAAUGGCAAGGCCUAUGGUGGCUAUGCUUCAUAUCACCGAGCUCCCUCUCACUUUGUCUUCAAGAUCCCAAGCGGUCUGUCCCCCGAGUCUGCUGCUCCUCUGCUGUGCGGGGGCAUCACAGUGUACUCGCCGCUCAAGUAUCAUGGCGCAGGUCCCGGCAAGAAGGUCGGCAUUGUAGGUAUCGGUGGUCUUGGACACUUUGCUGUGCUGUUUGCAAAGGCACUGCGUGCGGACGAGGUCGUCGGCAUUUCCAGGAGGGAAACCAAGAGGGCAGAUGCGAUGAGCUUAGGUUGUGAUGACUACAUUGCGACAAGCGAUGAUGCUGAUUGGGUGAAGAAGAAUCAGGGGCGCUUUGAUCUCAUCAUCUCCACCGUUUCAUCUGACAAUAUGCCCUUUGACGAUUAUCUGGCGCUGUUGGCACAUGGGGGAACGCUCGUCCAGGUCGGCGUCCCGGAGGCCCCUAUCUCUCUUAAGCCCUUCAGUCUCAUUGUCGGUCGCAAGAGCGUCACGGGCUCAUGUAUUGGCUCCCCAGAUGAGAUCCGAGAAAUGUUCCAGCUCGCUGCUGAUAAACACAUCAAGCCAUGGGUAGAGAAGCGACCCAUGAAAGACGCGAACCAGACCCUCAUUGACCUGGAAGCCGGCAAGCCAAGAUUUCGUUACGUCUUGGUCAACGAAUCGUGA